CCAAAGAAUAUAGAGCAUCUCCCGCUCUUUUAGUGUUAUUAUUAUCGUGAUCCGGCUAAUAAAUCCUUGUCUAGUGCCUCCCCCUCCUCCUCCUCCUCCUCUCUUCUCUUCCUCCUCCUCCUCCUCGUGUUGUAACAUGCAAUUAGUGAUCCUGCAACCAAAUUUCCGGGGGUGCUAAAGUUCAGUUCGCUUAGAGUCACCAUGGGGAAUGGGAUGAACAAGAUCUUGCCUGGCUUGUACAUUGGCAACUUCAAAGAUGCUAGAGAUGCAGAGCAACUGAACAAGAAUAAGGUUACCCACAUUCUCUCCAUCCACGAUAGUGCUCGGCCUAUGCUUGAGGGAGUUAAAUACUUGUGCAUUCCUGCUGCCGACUCACCAUCUCAGGACUUGACCAGGCACUUCAAAGAAAGCAUCAGAUUCAUUCAUGAGUGCCGGCUUAGGGGUGAGAGCUGUCUUGUUCACUGCCUGGCGGGGGUGUCCCGGAGCGUGACGCUGGUAGUUGCCUAUGUUAUGACCGUCACUGACUUUGGCUGGGAGGAUGCACUGCACACUGUCCGGGCAGGACGAUCCUGUGCUAAUCCCAACAUGGGCUUCCAGAAGCAGCUCCAGGAGUUUGAAAAGAAUGAAGUUCAACAGUUUCGGCAGUGGCUGAAGGAAGAGUAUGGAGAAAGCCCUCUGAGAGAUGCAGAACAAGCCAAAAGCAUUCUGGCAAAACCUGGAUGUCUGAAAUAUUUGACAUUAUUAAGAAGAUUGUAAUGUAUUGUUGGAGAAUUCUGCUUAUUGUAAUAUUCCGGAAGUUGGUUUUUGCAUUCCUGCACUUUCUUGGAUUCUAAAAAUCUCUGUAUUUGGAGUCGUACUGCCCAAAAGGCCCCACCCUGUAGUAGUUUUCUCUAUAUGAGAUUCUAAAUGUAGAACAAUAUUUUAUAGGCUUUUUUAUUAAAAAAAAUGCUCUCAAAAUUUCAGGGCCAGGGUUACUAUUUUAACAAAAGAAGAAGAAAGUAUUUUCAUGUUAAAACUACAGCUUUAGUUGGAUGAUUGGGAAAACAUGACAGUAGAGAUUUUAUCCAAUAUCCUGUGACUGUUGUUGUUAAUAAUGAUUGCUCCUUACAACUGCAUAACUGAAAAUAUCCCAGGUCAUGAAAACUUUAAGCCAUGAGAACCCACUGUCAUAGAAUGCAGCAUUAUUAAGUCAGCAUCAAGGAAAGUUUCUGUCCCGUUUGCUUUUUCUUUGUGGUAUAUAUUCUUUCUAGUAUGUAUUUAUAUUCUUUCUAGUAUGUAUUUAAUAAAAUCGAUGUGUUUUUAUAAAUAAAGAUCAACUUUGUUAACUAACUGAAA